AGUAACCCGUGAAGCUGUUGACACCUGUUCCAGCCACCAAUAGAAUCAGUCAUUAAAUAUCCGUUAAGCGCCUUUCCAGCCAAUCAGGCAACUGGUUGGCGGAACAAGAAAAGAGUGCGCGAAGGUUGGCGGAAGAGAGCGAGAUCUGGUUUCAUAGAUGGGAAGGGCUUGAUUUCUAAUUAAAAUAGCCUCGCCCCUUCGGAGUGGCCUUGGUUUUGUGGCUUGUGACGCUCAGCCUUCUUUAUUCCAGGGAGGUCGGAGCUAGCGCGGCGCAGGGGAGGCGGUGUCUUUAAGCGUGAAAUGAGGCGAAGGAGAUUUACUUAAUUAGGCGGCAGGCCAAUGUUCCCUGAGUGCGGAGUGGCAGCUAAAUCCCGCCCGUGCCCCCCACAGCUACAGGAGGAGGUGUCCUACCCGGAGUGGAUUAGCCGGAGUUACGUGGAGCUCAUGAGUCUGAACGAGCACUCAAUGCAGGCGCUGUCCUGGAGGAAGCUCUACCUGAGCCGGGCCAAGCUCAAAGCCUCAAGCCGAACCUCGGCGCUGCUUUCCGGCUUCGCCAUGGUUGCAAUGGUGGAAGUUCAGCUAGAUGCAGAUCACGCCUACCCUCCUGGACUUCUUAUUGCAUUCAGUGCCUGUACCACUGUUCUGGUUGCUGUCCAUCUAUUUGCACUCAUGAUAAGCACCUGCAUUCUCCCCAACAUUGAAGCAGUAAGCAACGUACAUAAUCUCAAUUCUGUGAAAGAGUCGCCACAUGAACGGAUGCAUCGUCACAUCGAACUGGCCUGGGCAUUUUCCACCGUUAUUGGGACGCUCCUGUUCCUAGCAGAGGUUGUUCUACUUUGUUGGGUAAAAUUUCUACCAGUGAACAGUCCAAAGUUAUCUUCCAAUGACACGUCUGCUGUUAGCUCUGGCCAAGCAGCUGCCAUUGCCUCCACAGCUAUCAUGGUCCCAUUUGGAUUAAUUUUCAUAGUGUUUGCUGUUCACUUCUACAGAUCAUUAGUCAGCCAUAAAACUGACCGGCAGUUCCAGGAGCUGAAUGAAUUAGCAGAGCUGGCUCAACUUCAGGAUCAGUUGGAUCACAGGGGGGACCCAAUACAGUCCCCAGGUCAUUAUGCAUGAAAUAGCAUUGUCAUUGGAUGGGCCAGCCUUUCUGUCUUAGGCUAUAUUCAAAACACAAGGUCCAGUGGUUAAAUAUCUCUGCUGUGAAUGAAGACUUUGUAACAAGAGUGUCUGUGCAAUAUGCGGCAGAAGCUAUUUACAGGGGUCUUUCUAUUUUCUCUGAUCACGAUCAGCCUGCAACUGGAGUGAUUACCUCCACAUACUCUCUCCACCAAAGAUUCUAUUCUUUAUGUAGUUCCUUGCCUAGGCACACCCUGCAGGCUAUGUGCAUAUUUCUGCAGGGAUAUCCAAACACACUUGUGCUCCCUCAUUGCUGUUAGAGAGCAAAGGUUGGGGACCAUACAUAUGAUGUAGACUGUUUAAACUGCCUGGAGGUGGUGGUUUGCCCCACUAUUCAUUCAACCUCUUUAGAACCAGGAGGCGUUUCAAUUAUAGCGAGCAAGAGACCUCCUCCUGCUAAUGGUUUCAAUUCCAGCAUGCUUCUGUUUUGUACUUAAAGGGGUGGUUUACCUUUAAGUUAACUUUUAGUAUGUUAUAGAAUGGCCAAUUCUAAGCAAUAUUUAAACUGGUCUUCAUUAUUUAUUUUGUAUAGUUUUUUUUAAUUAUUUUCCUUCU